AUGGAGAGUGACGAGUUUGAUCGAGUCUGCGAUACUAUAGAGUCAAAGCUAGAGACACGAGAGUCACCUUCACAUCUACUACAACGUGGUGUAAUAAAGACAUCACUUAGAGUAUCACCAUCAAUACAUGAAAGACAGAGCAAGAUAAAGUUCAAGAAGACUAGUCACCAGCUGGAUCAGAAGCUGACCAACAGACCUGAUGUUAACAGAUUGGUAGAGUCCAACAUUCUUGUCAGUCCAUCCAAAGAUGUUGCGCCAUCAUUACAAUCAAAGAAGAAGUCAUUGCAGUUCCAGUAUACUGCAUCUCAGCUCAAUCAGAAGUUGGACAACAGACCAUCACAUCACACAUUGGUCGAUUCAAGCAUCAUAAAGAAUGUCGACAAUCAAUCUGAACAUGUAUCAAUAUCAUCAUCUGGUGAGCAUUCAUUCUUGAUGACAGGAUCAGGACCUACAGACAGCUUCCAUGACAUGGCCACUCUGUUGGAGGAGAAGUUGGUCAAUCGCAGUGAUCGUGAACACUUGCUACAGAAUAAUAUUAUCAAGAGUGUGGACAUUGCUCCUUCGAUACAGGCAGCUCAGAGUGCACUGUCACUCAAGCUCCAGCAUAUGGCCAUCGAUAGCAAGUUGGAGAAGCGACCAUUCCAAAGGCAAUUGAUCGAGAGCAAUAUCAUCAGGAGCGAUAGUACACAGCGAGUCAUCGUUGACAAUAGCAAGUUGGAUCAAAAGUUAAACAACAGGCCGACACAAGACGAGUUGAUCAAUCACAAUAUCUUAAAGGACCAUCUUUCAAACAUUCAAGACAGGAGACAGAUGCUAAAGUUUGAACAAACUAAACAGAGACUCAAUGCAAAGGUCGUGAGUAGGCCUAGUAAGGACUCACUACUCGAGAGCAACAUACUUUAUAGAGACGAUUAUGAUGACAAACACAACAUUGAUCAAGACGCAGAGAGCGAUCAAGACAACAACAUUGAGAACAAUGAUCAGGAUAAGCAGGCGAGCAACGAGACCAGGAGGAAUAGGUUGAAUGACCUAUUCAACAAAAGGCCAACAAAGAGUGACCUAAUCGAGAAUCAUAUCCUUCUGCAAUCGAGAGAGGACGUGGAUUCAAGAGAGGUGGAUGAUGAAGAGUUCCAUGGUAACGACGAUGACGACGACGACGAGGAUGUUGAGGAGCUUGUUAUACGAGAUGAUCCAGAUGCUGUUGUUGUUUGGUCAGACGACGAGGAGGUAGACGAUGAAGAUGAUGAUCAAUGCGAA